UACAUAAAACCACCUCAAGAUGGCGGCGGCUUCCAGCAAUCUUGAAUUUGAAACAGUUUGCGUUGAUUCUGGUGCCCUGCCUGAUGAUGCAUGGAUGGUACAUCCUUGUGAAUGGUAUAAAGAAGAAUAUAAAGACUGUAAGAGUCUUAAGGCCAGAUUUCACCAGUAUUUUGUUCAUGGUCAAACAGUAGACUGUACUCAGUGGCAAAAUGACUUUAAAAAUUGCAUGUCCUGGAGAAAGUAUAGAGACAUUGAUGCAUUUAAAAAUGUGUUAGAAAGUGAACGAAAUAGAAUCAUUCAGCGACAAGCUGCUUCUCAAGCAAAUAAUAUUUGGGAACUUAGAAAAGAACCUCCAGAAGAUUGGAAUAAACCGUUACCUGACUGGAUGCAGAAAGAACAUGAAUACUCCUACCUGAAGCUAAAACAGAAGGAAAGAAAUGGAGCUACGGAAACAUCUUCAUGUGUAAUAUUAUAGAACUUGAAUCAACCUUACAUAUUCUUAUAGCGAUAGUCCAAACUCUCAUAGAAACAUGGUUUGAAAAAGUUUCAAUGAAAUUGUUUUCUCCAAUUUAAAACAGAUGUUUAUGAUAAUCAGAGUAGCCUUAAACUUUAAUCAACAUCUUCAACUGAUGUGGAUAACAAAUUUGACUUUAAUGUUCCAUUAUAAAAACUGUCGUCAUUAUAAUUUGGUUUUCUCAAAAAUUUAUAGUAAUUUUUGGCAAAAUAAUAUCUAAAACGUUUUAUCAUCAUUGUGAGGUAUCUAUUUGGAAAACUUUUGUACAAGAACUAAAUAUAUCUCAUCAAUAACCCUC